AUGAAGACUUUUUCAUCGCUGGCCUUGGCUGGGUUGGUGUUGAGAGCCUCUGCUCUGGACGCCGAGGCGAUCGCCAAGGAAUACUUCGGCAACGAUGCGCCGUGGUACCUGGACCGGAUCCCCUUGUUUGAAUCCAGUGCGUCCGAGAUCCAGGACGUCUAUUAUUAUCGCUGGAAUGUCUUCCGAGCCCACCAAAGAGACCUCGGUUCAUACGGUUACAUCUCCACCGAAUUUAUCGUGGACGUAGGCUGGCAAGUGCAACCGUAUGCGCUGCUGAUCAACGCCGCCAAUUUCCACCUCCGAGAGGGUCGAUGGUGCCGCGAUCGCCGGUUCAAGAAUGAAUACGCGAGCUUCUUGUACGGCCCCAACGGCAAUCCGUACCAGUUUUCCGAGAGUAUGGCCGACGGUGUCUGGCAGGGGUACCUAGUUGAUGGCGUGGCCGACGAUGCAACUACUCAUCUCGACGCCAUGCAAAAAGUCUUCAAGGGCUGGAAUUCGACGAUGGAUAUCGGCGGAUAUGACGUGUCCAAGGGGCUGUAUUGGAUUCAACCCUUGACCGAUGCGACCGAGUACACCAUCUCCAGCAUUGACGCGUCGGGAGGAGAAGAUGGAUUCACCGGCGGAUUUGCCUUCCGUCCAAGUAUCAACAGCUACCAGUACGCGAAUGCGUUAGCGAUUUCCAAGCUGGCCAAGCUUCAAGGCAACGACGCAAUCACCGACGACUACGAGGAUCAAGCCAAAACGAUCAAGGGCUUGGUGCAGGAUAACCUAUGGAACAGUACCUUCGAGCACUUUAUCGACCGGUACAAGCAGGACAACGAGCAUGUCACUUACUGGGACUUCAUCCGGGGUCGCGAGCUGGUUGGCUACGUUCCUUGGACCCACGAUCUGCCCGACGACACGGAAGACUAUGCCCAGGCAUGGAAGCAUCUGUUGGACUCCGAGAAGUUGGCCGGCUCGCAUGGUCUGCGUACCAACGAGCCAAGUUACGAAUACUAUAUGCGUCAGUAUCGGUACGAGGGUGACAAUCGCGAGUGCCAGUGGAAUGGACCGGCUUGGCCAUACCAGACGACACAGGCCCUCACUGCCCUUGCCAACCUGUUGGACCAUUACCCCACUGGCUCUGGGUCUGGUGUGAUCUCCAAAGCCGAUUACACCCACAUCUUGACACAGUACGCGAAGUUGCACUAUAACCCCAUCCGCGGGGGUCUAAACAUAGAGGAGGACUACGAGCCUGACACCGGAAACCCGAUAGUCGGUCUCGCCCGCUCUCCGCAUUACUUUCACUCUGGCUAUGUCGACCAGGUUCUGUCCGGUUUCGUAGGUAUUAGACCCCGUGAAGACGACGUGCUCGAAGUGAACCCGCUCGCCGACGCAGAGUCGGUAUCCUACUUCCGGGCCGAGCGAAUCCUCUACCACGGCCACGAGGUCGCAGUGCAAUGGGACGCAACGGGGGACAAGUACGGCAAGGCCGGACUUAUCGUCGAAGUUGACGGCAAAACCGUCGCGACCGCUGAAAAGCUCAGCCGCCUAACAACCAAAGUCAGCCGCAAAUCUCCCCCCAGCUUCGACAAGCCCAUCUCGGUCUCUAUCCAACUUGCCACUUCCUCCGACCACCCCAAAGGAAGCGUGUCCGUCGCCAACGCCGAUGCUGAGAAGGUCCACGGCGCCAUUGACGGUCGCGUCUGGUUCUUCCCUGACUCGAGCAUCGCGAACGGAUGGGACUCGCCGGCCGGCAACGGCAGCGAAGUAUGGUACCAGAUUGACUUUGGAAGCGCCACAAAGACCGCCAGUUCAGAGAUCGCGUUCUUUGCCAACAGCACGCAGGAAUUUGAUGCGCCCGAGAGCUACCGCAUCCAGACUAAUGAAUCUGGUUCAUGGAAGGACGUCUCGAAUGCCAAGUAUAGCGACCCCUUGGCCAACGGGAUUACCCUGGCUUCGUGGGAUGAAGUUACCACGAAUCAGAUCCGGUUGGUCUUUCGGCCACAAGAUGAGAAGAAGGUGCGAUUGGUGGAAUUCAAGGUCUUCGAGGAGGUGGUGAAGGGUUGA